CGGAGCGCACGAUGGAGGCGCCGCCGGUGACCAUGAUGCCCGUCACGGGCGGCACCAUUAACAUGAUGGAGUACCUGCUCCAAGGGAGCGUGCUGGACCAGAGCCUGGAGAGCCUCCUGCACCGCCUGCGCGGGCUGUGCGACAACAUGGAGCCCGAGACCUUCCUGGACCACGAGAUGGUGUUCCUGCUGAAGGGGCAGCAGGCCAGCCCCUUCGUGCUGCGCGCCCGGCGCUCCAUGGACAAGAGCGGGAUGCCCUGGCACCUGCGCUACCUGGGACAGCCCGAAAUCGGUGACAAGAACCGCCACGCGCUGGUGCGCAACUGCGUGGACAUCGCCACGUCUGACAACCUGACGGACUUCCUGGUGGAGAUGGGUUUCCGCAUGGACCACGAGUUCGUGGCCAAAGGGCACGUGUUCCGCAAGGGCAUCAUGAAGAUCAUGGUGUACAAGAUCUUCCGCAUACUGAUGCCAGGAAACACGGAGAGCAUUGAGCCGCUCUCCCUCUCCUACUUGGUGGAGCUCAAUGUAGUCGCACCAGCAGGGCAGGACAUUGUUUCUGAUGACAUGAGGAACUUUGCUGAGCAGCUGAAGCCUCUAGUACACCUGGAGAAAAUUGACCCCAAAAGACUAAUGUGAUUGAAAAUCUGGGCCAUUAAGGCAUUGUUUUUGUGUUUCAGAAAAGGAUGUUUUUCCAAAAAGCUUUUUUGUGGGCAAAUCAAAGCAGGAAGAAGGGAAUAAAGUACUAUAUAUCAGUUUUGGCAGUUGUAAUAACUGAGUGGUUUUUUCUUUCACUUGUGAAUAUGAACAAAAGUGGACACUUUAAAUUAGCACUGUCAAAAAAAAAUCAGUAAAUGUUAAUACCGACAGUCUUCCUUCUCUUGCAUAGGAGAUAACUUAAAAAGCCUAUUGCCUAACACUAAAAAUGUCAAGACUUACUGUAAUUCAUCCCUCUGUGUACCCAGAUCCCACUGCUGUCUUUAAGUUUUUUAGAGCACAAUUUGUGUAUCCUACCUAGUAAUCCAAAAUUUUUCUUUUCAGUAAUAGGUGAAGUUAAUAUCGUUUAAUGCAAGAGGUGCUGUUUCACACAAGUAUAAACAUAGAAUCUGCUAUAUAAAAGAGCAACUAACUGUACACCUCUUCACCAAAGCUUAUAUGACAGGAACAGCUACUUGUUAGGGAAACUGUUUCUUCUUAUGUAACUAAAGUUAGAAGUGGAAGAAAAUCUAGUAAUAUUAACAUUUGCAAGUGGUUUUCACAUCUGUUGACAGUGUUCCAUUAUUUUCACUGGAAUUGGUUAGGACAGUCUUAGUUAAUAAGAAAGUAAAUUACCAGGUACUUUUUAUUACUGAAUUUCUCACAGCUGACAGCUAUAUUAAAUAUUGAAAUGUUAAGUGCUUUACAUUAAAAAAUUUAUUCACAAUUUUUCAUUAAAAAUGUAAUACAAAUCAUCA